AUGCCCACCAAACUCGAGCAGGUGGUAGCCCACGUAGGCACCUUGAGCAAACUCGAGCUUGAUAGCAUCAUUGCGGUUGCUCAAGCACACAAAGAGCGACUGCCAGACACCACCAAGUGCUACCUGCUCGACCUGCCAGCAGAGCUCCGCAACAUCAUCUACUACUACGCCGCCAUCACGCACCUGCGCGAGUUCGGCAACACCUUGCGCUGUGGUCUCCUCGUUGUGAACAAGAAGGCCGCAUCGAGUUCAUGGACAUCAUACACGAGCGACAUGCACGUAAACACGAGAAACACGGCCAACAAGAGAAAAACGGCCAACAAGAAGUCGCUCAAGAAGCUUCUGGACGGUCUCGAGGGAAUCACAAAGAUCCAAGGCUUUCAGUUCAUGCCACGCUGCUGGGUGGAUGGCAAGGUCGUGAGGAUCUCUCGUGAUGUGUACGUUUCCCCCGACCAGGAACGUUUCCAUGUCCUCGGAACCCUGAAGCUCGUUACCGGUAAACGUGAUCGCGAAGUGUCGUUCGGCUGCUGGAUGCAUGAGGCGAAGCAGUAUGGGUUGGACUACGAGAUUCCGGAGGAUUACCCGGCGGAGUUGCUGAACGGCUAUGAUGACGAGGAGGAGGACUUGGUCUUCGUGGUGAGCCUGUGUGAAGUCGUUGAGGAUGAUAGAAGAGUGUGGCUCCUGAUCUUGUGCGUGGUAUCAAGCUCUACUGUGCCAAACGAAAAUGCCACCUCUUUCCGCGCACCCUUUCUCUCGUUUCACAGAAACCAUCCAUCGAAUAAGCAUCUCACCUCGACCAUCACCAUACCGGGCUAG